UCCCCUUCCUUUAUUUCCAUCGCACUCUCUCCUUCUUCCACUCCUCUUCCUCUUACAAUCUACUGAAUCCAUGAACUUUGAGGAAUUAAUCUUUCCAUUCUUGAGGGAGGGAUUCGAUGGGUUCUUGAAAUCUUAGCGGGAUUCAAGAAAAUGCGCUUCUUGGUGCUGUAGGUGCGAGGUUCUCGGCCGCAUUGCAGCAACAAUGGAGAUUCCAAUUCAAAUUGAUCAUUCUCUCGCAUUUCUAAAGAUAGCCGAAAGUCUUCGAAGAGGGGCUUUCACUAGGGUGAACCAGAGCAACAGUGGGCUCUGUCCUUACAGGACAUAACAGAUUGGGGGUUUUAGUCACUAUGCCAUGCCUUCCGGAUAGGGUGGUGCAGAGAUGUGCGGAUGCACAAGCAAUAAUUCCUCCUAUAAGGGAGGAUGAUUCGAAGGAUUAUUAUGGAAUGGUAUAAUGAGUUUGAAGUGUUAUAUUUUUAAAGUUGAAGAACCAAAGUCCGCUAAUAGUUCAUAGCACAUCUGUCUGUGCAUAUAGGAUGACGGAAGGUGAAAGUAAUAGAGCUGAUGUUGUAGACAUUGAUGAGUUGGUGAUUUCAAUGAAAAGAGAAUUAAAUUAUUACUGGUCUCUGGGUGAGAGACUUGACGGGGAAACAGAAUUAUGCCUAAUCUACAAAGUCCCACAACACAUUCGCAUGAUAGACAGGAUUGCUUAUGAGCCAAUAGUUCAGUCCAUUGGUCCAUAUCACCAUGGAACUCCAGCUUUACAAGCCAUGGAGAAGGAAAAGUGGAACUGUCUUGAUUAUAUUCUUAAGUUGAAUCCUGAAAAAACACUGCGGGAUUACCUUAUGGUAAUGUGGGAACUGGAGAAUCAAGCCAAAAGCUGUUACUUGGAGGAAAUUAAAAUGGAAAACAAGAAGUUUCUACGGAUGCUCCUCCUUGAUGGAUGCUUCAUACUUGUAUCCCUUUAUGGUACAAAUGGAAUUGGAGUGCCCAUGCCCAUAGAAUAUGUGCCAAGUGGUAAUCCUCAGGAAGAUAUUGAGGAAUCUCGACUAGGGCAAAAAAGAGCAAGUUGGGAAAACACAAAGAAUGAAGCAACAAGGAUAGAGAACAAGACUGCACAAAGUAGGCAUCUGACGGAGAAUUUAGUGCUUGCAUCGGAGCAAAGCAAACCCAGUACCAGUCGACAGAGCAUGCAACAUGAUAAACCAGUGUAUGAAGAUGAUUUUGAUCAGGUCGGACCGUGGUACACUAAUUUUCUCGCACAUGAUCUGCUCCUGCUGGAGAACCAAAUCCCUUUUUUUGUUGUCAAGAGAGUAUACGAACUAGUUGCAGGUAAAGACACCUCAAUUCUGCUUAACAAUAUUGUGAAAUUUCUGGAAGGUAUCAUACAUUUCUAUCCAAGAUCAAUCCAAGAGUCUGAGAGGCCUAAGGAUUUUUACCAUCUUCUCCACCUGUGUCAUAUGUACUUUAGACCGAGUAAAAAGAUGGAGGAAGGCCAUCAUUAUCAGGCCAGGCGCCGAUACUUCAACUAUUUUCUUCAAAUGGGCUGCAAAUUUUUGAAACUCGGUCUUCAAUCGGAUGAAAAUGUGCAAAACUCAUCACUUAAUCCGCAGUCAGAUUUCUUAAAAGCUAGCCAGCAUUGCUGGCGCCGAGCAGUCCAAUACCAUGAAGCAGGAGUAGAAUUUAGGAGAAAAGAGUUCGAUAAGAAUAACCCCCAUUCUCUGUUGGAUGUAAGAUUUAUUAAUGGUGUAAUGGAAAUUCCAUGUUUGAUCAUUGAUGACAGCACAGGCUCUCUUUUCAGGAACUUGAUUGCAUUUGAGCAGACAUGUCCUCAAUUCGGGAAUGAUGUUACUGCAUAUGUUGUUUUUAUGACCCAGCUUCUCAGCAUGCCUGAUGAUGUUACACUACUUGCUCGGAGAGGAAUCAUCGUAGACCAAUUGCGUAGUGACAAAGGGGUGUCAACUCUUCUAACCAAGCUCAGCAAAGAUAUCGUCUUCAGUUUUAAUUAUUACUACUACCUGAAACCUGUACAUCAGUCAAUAGAAGAACACUACCAAAUGCGUCUGAAAAGGUGGAUGGCAUGGCUAUGGCAGAACCACUUCAGCAACCCAUGGUUGGGUUUAGCAGCAAUUGCCGGAACUUUUAUUCUUUUAUGCACUGUUGUACAAACUAUUUUUACUCUCUUCUCAUAUGCGGACCCACCGGCAUAGAAUUCCAAACUAUCAAUGGGCUUAUUCAGAUAGCAACAAGUGCAAUUGUUUCAUAUGAGCGACAAAAGAGAAACCAAGGGGAAACAAAGUAUGCAUAUACCCAAAGUACAUGUGUAUCAGCAGCAGAGUGUUUGAGUGUCCACAUCAAUGCCGAGUAUGAACAAGUUCUUCUACUCUUUUCUGUUGUUAAUUAGAUUAUGCAUCUCUUUCUAGUUUUUGUUUGUGGAAAAUUUGUCAUUGUACUUCCCAUGUUUUUUUUUUUCUCUAAGACUUGUUUUUAUGCAAAUUAUAAUUGAUGUUAAUGGAGGGACAUCCACUAUGGUUAUAUGGGCUCA